AGGAUUUCCUUGGCGAAGGCUUGGCAGACGCUGCGGGAUCCCAUGGGUGCCAGCCAGGCCACACGACAGAAGGUGGUCCGGCGCUGGGAGAUCCGGCGGCAGAUCCUAGCCGGCACUUUCUCGGCACAACAGGCCAAGGAGGACCUGGUGAACCAACUGAAGCGCGGGGAGAUCAACGAGCAGGAGUUGGCAGCCCGACAGAAGGAGAUCGAUGAGCUGGUGGCGCAGGCCGCGUCGCUGAGGGCGAGGAGGUCAAUGAAAGAUCGGCUGAGCACCUCGAGGGACGUCUUUCGGACCAAGUCCCUGGGUGCUCUCAGCUCCUUCCGCAAGUCCGGCACCUCGCUGUCGGAGCAUCGGGGCAGGGGCUGCUGCUGUUGCCGCAGGCCCCCGGACGAUAUGGAUGACUGGCCGAAUGAAGAGGUGGAGCAGGACGUGCAGGAGACUCAAGCGACUGAGCAACCAAAGGCCGAGGAUGAUGACGAGUGGGAGUAUUUUUGGGAAGAGGAUGAAGAAGAGGAGGGCUUUGAGGAUGAUGUGGAAGUGGAUGCCAGCCUCUCGCAAACGGAUGUCUUGGGGCCCUUGCCCUCCGUGCACCCCCAAGAAACCGCAGGCAGCUCAAAAAUGUCUAGGGUAUAGACGCAGCCGCCCAUAAGCUACAAGCGUUGAGGCCGCGAGCAUCUGGAGAACUGCGGCCCUUUUCCUGCAAUGGUGGAUCACCGCUCUCUGAUGUGCCCGUUCGGGCUUGGAGAGGACCUACGCCAUUGACAGGAGCUGAAUGCCAAGCUGAAUGCCAAGCUGAAUGCCAAGCUGAAUGCCAAAAUCUUAUCUCCGCGGCCUAUGAGGACGCUUGCCGUGAAUCUGGCCUCCUUUGACUGGCCAUGCGACUGUGAUGCAGAUUCUAAUGGGGUGAUCGGGGGAUGCGCGGCGGGGCGACGUGUGAUACCCACUUUUGAGUGUUGCCGGGCCCGGGGGUGGUGGGACAAAGCUUUUCACUGCGCCCUUGGGCAGCCUGUCUGAACUGAUGGAGAGGGCAAAAGCAAAAGCAACCAGUUUUGCAGUUUUAAGUACAUGACUGAAGAGUAGAAUGCACAAGCUCUGCAAUGCACCGGUAAAUCAAUGCCGUGCAUGUACUGAUCGAAGUUGUAGACGCAAGAUGUGCUGUGACCAAGGAUGUUUUUCUUUGUGUGUUGGCA